UGAAAUAAUUUACCGGAAGUGAUAUUGAGCGACUAUUACGGCGUGUUAUGGCAACAAUCCAGUCAGAGGGGGGAUUCGUGUGGCUCUACAAAGUCGAUGGCCAUGAUGAGCAGAGAAGGCGACAAGUGCGUAAAGAGCACGCCUCGGAACCAGAAGCCAUCCAAGACUUCUCACACCCAGCAGGGGACCAUCCCGAGGAGGAAAAAAGACAACCACAGUUGCAGCCAGCCAAAAGGGAAAGAGGUUAAAAGUGUUGCAAAACGUCCGGUAAGUGUGUCAAUAAGUGCGGUGACAGAGUGCCAGAGGAGUCCUUCUGCUGCUCCAAGAAAGCUUUCGGACGCCAGUAAUGCUUCAGAGGACCUGAGCAAAGACUCGGGAUGCUUGUCAGGGAAACUCUCCUCCGACAGCAGCUCGGAAAUCUCCGAUUGUACUUCGGAGGGCAACAAGCGCGACUCUCCCACCGGCGACAACAAAUUAAAGUGGACGGACAGAAGAGCUUAUCAGAGCCCGAACACUGACGGCAGAGACGCUGAAGCAACAGGGGCCAGCUGCUGCCCACCUAUGGGUGCUCCUGCAGGGGCGAUGACCUUCUACAACUCUUCUGGGGCAUUUAUGCACCUUAUGAUGGCACAAACAACGGAUGACUUGGUUAGAGAAGUGGACGAAUUGAGGUCCGAAAACGAGUAUUUGAGAGAUGAGGUGGAGGAGUUGCGCUGUGAGAUGUUGGAAAUGCGUGACAUGUUCCAGGAGGAGGAGUUAUGCCAUCUUCAGGACCUGCGGCAUCAGCUGGAGCAAGCCAACAAGACCUGCCGGAUCUUACAGUACCGCCUCCGCAAGGCUGAGCGACGCAGCAUCCGAGUGGCUCAGACCGGGCAGGUGGACGGAGAACUGGUCAGGAACUUGGAGCAUGAUAUCAAGGUUGCAAAGAGUGUGUCGCUGCGGCUCUACACUGAGCUGGAGGGCGUGCAGAAGAAGAACAGUCACUUGGAGUGGGAGAAUGAAAUGCUACGAGAGAAGACACAGGAACUGGAGGUGGCCAAGCACGUCUUGCAGGCUGAGUUGGAAAAAGCCAGAGAGAGCUGUUUGAAGAAGCGAAGCUUCAGAUCAGCACCUAAUAAAGCCGAGAGGAGGCUCUCUCAACAGAUGGAGGAUGAGAAUGACCUCAAGUGCCAACUCCACUUUGCCAAAGAAGAAUUGGCUGUCAUGUGCAAGAAGCUCACCAAGUUGGUAUCAGACAGUGAGGCCAUGCACGAGCAGCUGGCUAGGUACCAUUCAGUGUACGGUGACAUAGAGGCCGCCCAGUCAUCUGAAGGCAAACAGAGGUCCGCCCAUGCCAGGGAAGCGGAGGUCAAAGUUCACUUGAAACUGGUGGAAGAGGAGGCAAUGCUCCUGAGUCGCCGCAUUGUAGAGCUGGAGGUGGAGAAUCGUGGGCUGCGAGCAGAAAUGAACGACCUGAGAGACAAAGAAGGAGAAGUGGAUGACGAGGGGAAUAGGAAUGUUUUGGAGGAACAUCUGUCACCUUCCACUCUGAGGAGGAACAGAAAGCAACGAUGUCAGAGGAUGAGAAGUGUAGUGCAUGAGAAGGAGCAGGACGAAAAAGCAAGUUUAAUGGAGACAUCUUCACUCUGUAGUCAUGAAUCACAGCCUGAAGGACAGAUUCCUUCUUGUCACAUCACCAGAGAAGGUCCUGUAGGUGGCGAGUGGGAUCCAUCAGAGAGCGUCAACAACCAAACACCAGACAGCGACCUGAAAAGAAUGACUGCAAACAAUUUUUCAGCUCUCGUUGCUCUGAGGGAUCAUGCCUGCGUUUUUAGUUCUGCAAUCCAACUCAUGAUGACUCCAUCCAAAAAGGGCCAUUGUUCAUCUCCCUCUUGUGUGCUUACCUCACCAACAGACGGCAGUUCAAAUGGUUUACCACCGUCACAGACGUUAUUCUUUCCAGGGCCUUUGAACGAGGCUCUGAAAUUACUACAGGCCAUGCUGCAAACUUUUAUCACAAGGAUGGAGGUGCUUGUAACUGACAACAACUCUUCUCACAAGGAAGGUCAGGACUGCUAUGGAGACAUACGCAGAAAGCAGGAGUGUGUUCAAGAUCUCCACGCUGCCGAGCUGGAGAGGCCAGAACAAAGAGUGAAAGGGUCACCAUCCAAAUCUGACCUGGUCCACAGCUGCAAAGAGCCCAAAAUGCAAUUGUCCAUGCAGAUUCUGUGGAUUCUUCAACAGUGGUGUCAAGAAGGAAAAGAGGCUCAAGUGAAAACCUUAACUGUGUUGCGGGGUUUAUUGGAAAGCCUCAGUGCUGAGCUCCAGGAGGAAACGCUUGACAGCAAGGCCAGUGUGAUCCCCAAGGCAGCAGCUGAGUGUGCUGUCAAUGAUGAAAGACCCUCUAAUGCGGACAGACUGUGCAGUUCAAUAAGACAGAGACUUCAGCGCCAUCUUUCUCCACAUGCCUGCAAGAGGAAGGACUGGUGUUAUCUGAGCCAGCAGGCUGCCCAACUAGACCGGGAGGACCCGGUUAAGACGUGGGACCACCUAAUCAUGCCGCUUAGCUUCCCAGAUCUUAACUUUGAGCAGAUGUCUACGGAGAGGAGUCAUACUGCUCCAGAGAAGUCAAACCUCCGCAUUUACUACAGCCCCCCGUCAAAGCGCAGAGUCCAGCUGGCUCAGCUAAAGCAAAGCUCAGAGAGUGACCGAGAGUCUGUGGACACACAGUCUCCCUGGUGCACACCGCUGACCUCUUUUUCGUCACUCUGUGUCGGCUCUUUGGCGAACCUGAGUGACGACAUGAAAGAGAUGGCUGCGGGUCAGAGGCAGGUGGGUCACAGCAGCUCACUGGUGCAGAACAGAACAAGAACAGUGGGACAAGGAGUGGAUGUGGUCUGUUCUGGUACGCAGACCCAAUUGACACCACAGUUGGUGAGUGUUGGCCUGCAAACAGAAGGACCCCUACCCACCACAUUGAGAAACAGUCCCUCACGGGCAGUCAACUCUUCUUUGGUGUCGCCGCGCUCUCGUCAUAUCUCCACCUCAUUGGACAGACUGACAAGCAGAACUGAGAGGCCUAAGCUUUCUACCUUGUCCCCUAAAUUGUGCCGAAGUCAGUCUGCAUUUGGGGCGUCCUGUACUUUGAGCUCUUCAUCUGCAUCUGCCUCGCGGGAUCGGAUGUCAAAUGGGUUUCAUCAGAGCCAUUCCAGCCUUGUGUUGGCCCGCCAAACUAGUCCGAGAGCUGCUGCUGGACAGAACCGCAGUCCUCAUCUCUGUGAGCCUCCGUGUCAGAGCCUCAAGCCCCCCAACAAGUCCGCAGGGGGUCUGGUCACCGAGUUCCUGCGUAGAGUGAGCUGCCGGGCAGAAAAAACGGUACCGGGGUCGGGCCAGAAGACGAAAAGCAGCCUGGAGGGUGUUUCCGUGAGGCCUUCUGCGGCCUCGUUGUCGAGGAGUGACAGCGUAACAAGAAUCGUAAACCACAGGUUCAUGAAGCAGAAGGAAGAUGUGGUCGCAGCCCAGCAGAAAGAGAAAGAAAGCACUGCGAAUAACGGAGUAACACACAGCCUGAGCUCCCUCAUGGCAGACGAUGGAAGUUACGACUGCAGCUCCAGCAGCACACUGACCUUCUGCUUUGCUCGUCCGUUUCGUUCUACCCCGAGACAAACGUCCAACCGGAGCAAAGUCCUUCGACACAAAGACCAGAAAACGGCGAGUACGGCCGCUGAAUCCAACUGUGAGUGAAGUCAGGAACACAACAUGAAGUACUCUAGUAAACGUUGUGUGUGUUUGCGUUAGUGUUGUUGUCUGUAUUCAUUUGAACAUCCGUCAAUUGAUGUUUAAGGCACAUUUGUUUAUUUUCCUCAUUCUGUCAGCCUUCGGUGUAUCUUUAAUAUCUGCUCAGUUGUACACUGUUAAGCUGCUAUUCAGUGCAGCAGUAAAAACAGUCGGACGUGUGAUUGGUCUUUUGUUUUUUUUAAAGUUACUGUUUCUACCUCAAGCAGGUAACUGCUGACGUUUAUGACAUGUAGGAAAUGAUCAAGUGAAAUCCACCCAGUAGUGUCAUUUUUUAAUACUUAAUGUUUAUUCUCAUUCACUUAUACAGACUGUGGGUCCCAGUCUGUGAUGCCCUUUGGUCUUAUGUAGUGAAACAUGUCCUAUUCAAUAAAAAUCUGAAAAACA